CUGUUAUACAUGUGUCUGUGUGUAGUGUGCAGUGUCUCUCAACUGAUGGUUUAAAUUACUUAUAAAGCAAUUAAUAUGCAGCAAAGCUCGGAGGACGUUUCCGGGGGUCGGGUCUGUGUCGCCUCCACCGUUGCCCUGAACGUCGGAAAAGAAGAUAAGGAUGACACUUACAAUCCUUUCGAACAUCGCAAUGUAGCCCAUCCAACAUCAACUACUGGAUCGUUCUUCCACUUGCUCAAGUCAUCACUGGGUUCUGGGAUUCUCGCCAUGCCAGCAGCCUUUAAGCAUACCGGCCUCAUACCCGGCUGUAUCGGUACAGUGUUGGUUGGAAUUAUUGCGACACACUGCGUUCAUAUAUUGGUGAAAACUUCGAGGGAUUUAUGCAGAGAGUGUAAAACAGCCUCUCUUACGUACACAGACACGUGUAUGAAGGCAUUUGAGCUGGGGCCAAAGAGACUGACACCAUAUGCAGGAUAUAUGCGACAGUUCGCUGACUAUGCCAUGGCUGGGGUUUGUCUCGGCGGGACCAGUGUCUACGUCAUUUUCAUUGCUUCUUCCUUGAAGGACAUAAUGGAUCAUUUCAUACAAGGACAGAAUUACUCAGUCGAAAUUUACUGCGCUAUGUUAUUGCUACCUUUAAUAUUGAUAACUCAAGUGCGAUACCUGAAGUUUUUGGUUCCAUUCUCAAUACUCGCAAAUCUCUGCCUCAUCUUGACUUUUGCUGUGACCUGUUACUAUACGUUCGAAGAGUUGCCAGAUAUCACGAACACUAAAUUGAUUGCUGGUAUUCAAAAUUGGCCACUAUUUGUGAGUACAGCAAUAUUCGCUAUGGAAGGUAUAAACGUAGUGAUGCCAGUUGAGAACGAGAUGGCGAAUCCAGAGCAUUUCCUCGGUUGUCCAAGUGUACUAACUGUUACCAUGUCAUCGGUGGCAAUACUGUACGGCAUCGUUGGCUUAUUUGGCUACAUGAAGUAUGGAGACGAGGUCCUCGGGAGUAUUACCCUCAAUCUUCCUCCUGACGAGGCAUUGGCCUUAUCAGCUAAAAUUUUGGUGGCAAUCGCUGUAUUUUUCACGUAUUGCCUGCAAAUGUAUGCUCCGAUGGAUAUUUUAUGGUCUCGACUCAAGCACAAAGUGAACAAGAAGUACUACAAUAUAAGCCAAAUAAUGCUUCGCGCCUUGAGCGUUUCUCUUACAGUUAUCUUGGCAGUAGCAGUCCCAGACCUCGAACUCCUGAUAGGUUUAGUCGGCGCCAUUUUCUUCUCCACCCUCGGCAUAUUUAUUCCUGUUUUAGUGGAAACCGUCUACAAGUGGGAGAGGAAUCUUGGAAAAUGGAGAUAUAUUAUAUGGAAGAAUGCCGCGUUAAUGUUAUUUUACUUAGUCGUUUUGAUGUCUGGAUGCUAUUCGUCCAUUUCUCAAAUUAUAAUUAGAUUUUCAUAGUCAAAUGCUGAAACGAAACACCUUUAAGGUCGGUAAUUUUUAAACUAUUAAGAUUUUCAUUGGCUGAAUAAGUUUACCUUUUGGGACGUACCUACCUGAUCAUACAUAAAAUAUUGAAGCUUAAGACCAUAUUCCAGCCACAUUCUAAGACGUUUCCUUGACUGAGAAAACUGGUAAGAUUGUAAUAAUAACCAUAGAAGGCCAUGCUCUUUGUAAGGCCAAUAAUUCUUAAGUUGUGAUUAUUUCCAUAUGAUGAUGACAAAUUCCUUCAACUCUACUCGAUACUAACAUCCAUCGUAGUUAAUUACACAGACACGGCGACGAACCGUGUCGUCUCGUCUAGUGUCGUCUCUCUAUCUCCUGUUAUAAUAAAGUUAUCUUCUUUCUAAUUAGUUCCAAUAAUUUAAACAAUCUGUUAUUUUUUAAAGUGAUAACCCUCACAUCUGGCAUUAAUUACACAAAUUAAAUUUGAAAACAAAAUUUAUAAACGCGACCUCUCACGUUCCGUACGAGCGCUCUUCCACUUUUUUUUAUUUAUUUAUUUUAGAUGUACCAACAAUAACUCAACUUAACAUUAACAAUUGAUUUGCACUUACAUACUAAUUCUAGGUUGGUUAUUCUAAUUUGGUACAUUCAACAUUUCAAAUAAGAAAUAAUUAAGUAAAUUUAGUCUUAAUUCUAGAAACUAUACAAUGUAAAUAAUUAUUAUGUGAUAAGUGUGAAAUUACAAAAAUAAAAUAAAUAAUUAAUAAGUGGUUAACAAUCGAAUACAAACUAUUAUCUACCGUGGUCGUGAUUUUUUCUAA